AUGGCGAAUGGAGGUUUCCCUUUUCAAUUGCCGAUGCUCACAAAGAACAACUAUGAUAAUUGGAGUAUCAAGAUGAAGGCGCUACUAGGAUCUCAAGAUGUGUGGGAUGUCGUUGAGAAAGGCUUCAAGGAGCAAGACGAAGCCUCGUUAAGCCAAAGUGCAAAAGAUACAUUGAAGGAGUCAAGAAAGAGAGACAAGAAAGCUCUCUUUCUCAUUUAUCAAUCGGUGGAUGAAGAUACUUUUGAGAAGAUAUCCAACGCAACGACGGCCAAAGAAGCAUGGGACAAGCUUCAAACUUGCAACAAAGGAGUUGAGCAGGUAAAAAAGAUUCGUCUUCAAACUCUUAGAGGUGAUUUUGAACGUUUGUUUAUGGAGGAGUCCGAGUCAAUUUCUGAUUAUUUUUCUCGAGUAUUGGCCGUAGUCAAUCAACUUAAAAGAAAUGGUGAAGAUGUUGAUGAUGUGAAAGUCAUGGAGAAAAUACUUCGCACUUUAAAUCCAAGUUUUGACUUCAUUGUUACCAACAUUGAAGAAAAUAAGGAUUUAAAGACCAUGACCAUUGAGCAACUCAUGGGUUCCUUACAAGCAUAUGAAGAAAAACAAAAGAGAAAAACUAAACAAAAGGAGGCUAUAGAGCAACUACUACAACUCAACAUAAAGGAAGCAAACUAUGUAAACUACAAGAGCCAAAGAGGACGAGGACGUGGCCAAGAUCGUGGACGUGGACGCGGACGUGGAGGAGAAGGAAGAGGAGGUUACAACAACUACUCUAACAACUUCAACAAUGGAGAAAGAAGUUGGAAUCCACAAGCGACAAGAGGUCGUGGAAGAGGAAAUUCAUGGUCGAGGUACGAAAAAUCACAAAUCAAGUGCUUCUACUGCAAUAAGAUUGGUCACUAUGCAUCCGAGUGUAGAUUCUCGAAGAAGGUUGAAGAGAAAGCUAACUUUGUAGAAGAAAAAGGUGGAGAAGAAGAAACUUUGCUACUCGCAUGUCAAAACCAAGUUGAAGAGAAAAGAAACAAGUGGUACCUCGACACUGGUGCAAGCAACCACAUGUGUGGCGAUCGAAGCAUGUUUGUAGAGAUCAAUGAAGCGGCAACUGGCGAUGUCUCAUUUGGAGAUAACUCGAAGAUACCGGUCAAAGGAAAAGUGUCUCAAGGCGUGCUAUACCGAUUCCUCGUGGCUAUGGCAUCUACGAUUUGGGCAUCUCAACUUCGAUGGUCUAGAACGUUUGGCAAAGAAGGAGAUGGUGAGAGGCUUGCCUAA